GCUACUUAAGGUGGGGGACCCGGAGGCAACCGCCCAGGUCUGCUACUGGGGUAGCAUGAUGGCUGUGCCCCGCUCCGCGCUGCUGGGCGCGCUGGUCCUGGCCUUGUGCGCGCUGCCGCUGCGGGCUCAUGCGGCCACCGUGCCGCGAGGGGCGCCCCAGGGACGGGUGCCUGAGACUCGGCCCAGCAGCAUGGUGGAGCACCCUGAGUUCCUUAAGGCAGGGAAGGAGCCUGGCUUGCAGAUCUGGCGUGUGGAGAAGUUCGACCUGGUACCUGUGCCCACCAACCUCUACGGAGACUUCUUCACUGGUGACGCAUAUGUCAUCCUGAAGACAGUGCAGCUGAGGAAUGGGAACCUGCAGUAUGAUCUCCACUACUGGAUGGGAAAUGAGUGCAGCCAGGAUGAGAGCGGGGCAGCCGCCAUUUUCACUGUGCAGCUGGAUGACUACCUGAACGGCCGAGCUGUGCAGCACCGGGAGGUCCAGGGCUUUGAAUCAUCCACCUUCCUCGGCUACUUCAAAUCUGGCCUCAAAUACAAGAAAGGAGGCGUGGCAUCGGGAUUCAAACACGUGGUACCCAAUGAAGUGGUGGUGCAGAGACUCUUCCAGGUCAAAGGGCGGCGUGUGGUCCGAGCCACUGAGGUGCCUGUGUCCUGGGAGAGCUUCAACAAUGGCGACUGUUUCAUCCUGGAUCUGGGCAAUGACAUCUACCAGUGGUGUGGCUCUAACAGCAACCGUUUUGAGAGGCUGAAGGCCACACAGGUGUCCAAAGGCAUCCGAGACAACGAGAGGAGUGGCCGAGCUCGAGUGCACGUGUCUGAGGAGGGCAGUGAGCCUGAGGCGAUGCUACAGGUGCUUGGUCCCAAGCCUACUCUGCCCCAAGGUACUGAGGACACAGCCAAGGAGGAUGCUGCCAACCGCAAACUGGCCAAGCUCUACAAGGUCUCCAAUGGUGCAGGCUCCAUGUCUGUCUCCCUCGUGGCUGAUGAGAACCCCUUCGCCCAGGGGGCCUUGAGGUCAGAAGACUGCUUCAUCUUGGAUCACGGCAAAGAUGGAAAGAUCUUUGUCUGGAAAGGCAGGCAGGCCAACACAGAGGAGAGGAAGGCUGCCCUCAAGACGGCUUCUGACUUCAUCUCCAAGAUGGAAUAUCCCAAGCAGACUCAGGUGUCUGUUCUCCCUGAGGGUGGCGAGACCCCACUGUUCAAGCAGUUCUUCAAGAACUGGCGGGAUCCCGACCAGACGGAUGGCCCGGGCUUGGCCUACCUCUCCAGCCACAUUGCCAAUGUCGAGCGAGUGCCCUUCGAUGCUGCCACCCUGCACACUUCCACCGCCAUGGCCGCCCAGCACGGCAUGGAUGAUGACGGCACAGGCCAGAAACAGAUCUGGAGAAUUGAAGGCUCCAGCAAAGUGCCAGUGGACCCUGCCACGUAUGGGCAGUUCUACGGAGGGGACAGCUACAUCAUUCUGUACAACUACCGCAGUGGAGGCCGCCAGGGACAGAUCAUCUACAACUGGCAGGGUGCCCAGUCCACUCAGGAUGAGGUUGCUGCGUCCGCCAUCCUGACUGUCCAGCUGGAUGAGGAGCUGGGAGGGACACCAGUCCAGAGCCGUGUGGUCCAAGGCAAGGAGCCCGCCCACCUCAUGAGCCUGUUUGGUGGGAAGCCCAUGAUCAUCUACAAGGGAGGCACCUCCCGGGAAGGUGGCCAGUCAACCCCGGCCAGCACUCGCCUCUUCCAGGUCCGGGCCAGCAGCUCCGGAGCCACCCGAGCCGUGGAGGUCAUUCCUAAGGCUGGUGCCCUGAACUCUAACGAUGCCUUUGUGCUAAAAACCCCAUCGGCUGCCUACCUGUGGGUGGGCACAGGAGCCAGUGAGGCCGAGAAGACAGGGGCCCAGGAGCUACUCAGGGUGCUGCAGGCCCGACCCAUGCAGGUGGCAGAAGGCAGCGAGCCAGACAGCUUCUGGGAGGCCCUGGGUGGAAAGGCCACCUAUCGCACUUCCCCACGGCUGAAGGACAAGAAGAUGGAUGCUCACCCUCCUCGCCUAUUUGCCUGUUCCAACAAGAUUGGGCGUUUUGUGAUUGAAGAGGUUCCUGGCGAGCUCAUGCAGGAAGACCUGGCCACCGAUGACGUCAUGCUCCUGGACACCUGGGACCAGGUCUUUGUCUGGGUUGGCAAGGAUUCUCAAGAAGAAGAAAAGACAGAAGCCUUAACCUCCGCUAAGCGGUAUAUCGAGACAGACCCAGCCAAUCGGGACAGGCGGACUCCCAUCACUGUGGUGAAGCAAGGCUUCGAACCUCCCUCAUUCGUGGGCUGGUUCCUUGGCUGGGAUGACAACUACUGGUCUGUGGACCCACUGGACCGGGCCAUGGCUGAGCUGGCUGCCUGAAGAAGGGCAGGCCCACCUCUGUCCCUGUUCAGUGCCUUUUAGAACUGUCCCUCCAGUAGAGUCCUUUCCACCAGCAGCGUUUCUGUGGUGUGUGUGUGUGUGUGUGUGUGUUUGUGUGUGUGUGUGUGUGUGUGCGCUUUUAUUUUUUUCUUACCUUAGCCAAAUAAAGCCCUGCAGAAAAUCAGGGGCCUCGCAAAAUUGUCAUAAGUGUCUUUGCUUUUGGAAAGUGGACUCAAUAAAAGCUUUUGAAGUGUG